AUGGCCACAAUCACCCAGGCUAUUACCGACGACCACCGCCAUAUCCAGGAUUGCUAUAACGAAGUGGUCAACUCGAGUGACCCGGACCACCAGCAGCGUUGGGGCAAUCAGUUCACGUGGGAACUCGCUCGUCACUCGGUGGGAGAGGAGCUGAUUCUGUACCCUGCUUUCGAGUGGCACAUGGGCACCAAAAUGCUCAAGGACUUUCAGAGCAUGAGCUCUAGCGACCCCGAUUAUAUACCAAGGAUCAAGGAGCUUUGGUGCAAGCUCGAGGACCACAUCAAGGACGAAGAAGGCUAUGACCUGCCUGCUCUCGAAGAGAAACUGACACCUGAGCACUCCGAGUCCAUGGCGAAAAGCUUUGGACGAACCAAGCACUUUGUUCCCAGCCGCAGUCACCCCUUGGCUGGAGAGCAUCCCCCGUUUGAAUCGGUCGUGGGUUUGCUCACAGCCCCGAUUGACCGCCUUACCGACUUGUUCCGCAAAUUUCCGGAGAAGGGGGAGGAGGCAAAGCCGAGCGGGCCAAGGAUUGAUAUACCGCCAGGAAGCAAUGGUUGCUUGUUUCCUACGCCGUUUAUCUCGACGUGGCUGGACUGGAACCGGGGGGUGAAAAGUGCUUGGAACUUGUACAUGUCUCGACAAGAGAAAACAGAAAUUCUUUUCCCAUUGAAGGAGUUGCUAUCAUGCCUCGCUUUUCCAAAAACGGUACCUUAUCCAUCAUAUCUAUGGUCAUCCCUAACAUCUCCAAGGACUGUCGGGGCUUCAUGUAUGUCCAAGAUAGAAACCGAAUCGGCGUGCCUCCUUACGGUUUCGCUCGCCUACCUUGGUAUGAUGGCUCCAGCUCGUUGA